ACCACAAAACAAGUGAAAAUCCCAAGCACCGCCUUUCACAGAACUUACCACAAAAAGGGCCUUGGGAAACCCUAAUUCCUGUCCUCUGUGUUAUAAACCUAACCCACUCGUCUUCGUCCACAUCUCACACUUCCCUUUCUCACAGCGCCCAGUCUCUCUUCCUCUCGCACUUUUCUCCUCGAUCGUUUCUUCGGUUCGCCGGAACCGUCUCUUCUCUAAUCGUUCUCUGAUUUAUUUCUUUGUUCUCGUCGAUGCGAAAAUUCGCUUUGAUUUUAGGUUUAGAUCUCAUUCGUAGCAAAAGGAUUUCAAUUGUAAUAUCUUGAUUCGAUGUCGACCGCUUUGGAUAUGUCGCUUGAUGACAUGAUUAAGAACAGCAGGGGUAAUCGUGAGAGAAAUAGAGAACAACGUGGUAGGGGUUCUCGUGGCCGUGGAGGACCACGUGGCUCCUUUAAUGCUGGGAGGAUGGCCGCUGGCAGAAUUCCAGCUGGAAGAAUGGCCAGUGGAAGAAUUCCAGCUGGAAGAAUGACAGGAGGAGUUCGUAGAGGUCCUCUCACGGUGAAUGCUCGGCCAUCCUCGUAUACCAUUGCUAAGUCUACCCGCAGAACCAAGCGUUUCCCAUGGCAGCCUGAUUUGUUUGAAGACAGCCUUAGAGCUGCAGGGAUAUCAGGGAUUGAGAUUGGCACAAAGUUAUAUGUUUCCAACUUGGACUAUGGAGUGACAAAUGAGGAUAUAAGGGAACUUUUCUCUGAGAUCGGAGAGCUGAAGCGAUAUGCAGUACAUUUUGACAAAAAUGGUCGCCCAAGUGGUUCAGCUGAAGUGGUUUAUACUAGAAGAAGUGAUGCAUUUGCAGCAUUGAAGCGGUAUAAUAAUGUUCUAUUGGACGGGAAGCCUAUGAAGAUUGAGAUUGUUGGUGCCACUGCAGGGAUGCCUAUUUCAGCUCGUGUGAAUGUGACAGGCAUGCAUGGAAGGAAGAAAAGGACUGUUGUAAUGACGCCCGGACCUGGUAAUGCUGGUGGCUAUGCUAUGCCUAUGGUUAAUCAUGGUCCUAGUAGGAGCAGUCGUGGAGGGAACAGAAAUGGUCGCGGCAAACCACGUGGGAGUGGCAACGGCAGUGGUCGUGGACGCGGGCGUGGUCGUGGUGGAGAAGGGAGGAAGAAGCCUGUGGAGAAGUCGGUUGAUGAACUCGACAAGGAACUCGAUAGCUAUCAUGCAGAUAACAUGCAGGGUUAGUUCAAAACUGGAGCUGUGGAACUUUGCUUGCUGGUAUCAGUCAGUGUUUGAGCUAUGGUAGCUGUACAAAAUAUGACGGUUGUGAUUUUCGGGAUAUAGACUAAUUUCUGCUUGGAUGUUCUCUAAUGCUUUUCAUCAUAGGCCAGCAAAUUUAGAGGAAGCAAAAUGUUGGCUUGAUUUGGAAGUUGUUUUGUUGGUUGGUAGCAUUUUAUUUUGUGUAAAACGAUGCUUUAAUGUAUGUUCCUAUGAUUUUGCUAAAUGAGAUAAAUUAGUUGUGUA